GGGCUUAUCCCUGCCCCACCCCUGGUGUCCUCAGAGCCGGACUGAGGAACCAGAGGGAAAAUCCACCUUCCCCAGCAGAGCUGUACCAUCCAUCCCAUUCAAUUGUCAGGUUAACCACCAGCACAAAGGGGGCCUGUGUAAUCUAGAAACAAUGUCAACUGCUGAUAAGAGUAAGCCUGAAGAUCCUAAGAAUGAGCCCAAGCCCUUCGAUCCCAGGUGUGAACAAAAGUGUGAGUCCAAAUGCCAGCCCAGCUGUUUAAAGAAGCUGCUGCAGCGCUGCUCAGAAAAGUGCCCAAGGGAGAAGUGCUGUCCACCACCAAAGUGCCCACCGUGCCCCCCGCCGUGCUCUCCGCCACCGUCAUGCCCCCCACCGUGCCCACCUCAGCCAUGCCCUCCCAAGCCCUGCUGCAAGCCCUGCCCACCUAAGUGUGCCCCUGCCUGCCCACCCCCAGAGUGAGGCACCAUGGCUGCCACAACCCUGCCACCGCCACCAUGUACAACACCUGGGGCUGGAACUAGAGCCAUGACCUGACAAGUAAAGGUGACCUUCUGCUGCGCAUGAC